AUGGGGAAAACACGCCCAGACAAGAAGCAAAAAAAGAAGGGCGGCAUUUCCCGCGCCGCCGACAGCAACGACAAUAGCAGCAGCCAGUCAGCCAAACAAAUUUCGCCGCUCUACCUCGUCUCCGUGGCCGAGGAGCUCAUCCAAGCCGGCAACGCUCCCGAUGCCCUCACAAUUGCCCAGCAGGCACUCGACGCGUCGCAGCCCAGCAGCGACGGCGCCCUGGCGUCGCUCAACCUCCUCGGCCAAAUCAGCCUCGAGCUUGGCGACUUUGACGGCGCCCGGUCCUACUUUCUCCGCGCCGUGUCCAUUGACCAGGACGGCCAGCGCAGCGACGAGGUCGGCGGCGGUGCCGAAAAGUUCCUGUGCCUGGCGCAGCUGAGCGAGGAGGGCGGUGCCGACAGUGUGCGGUGGUUCGAGAGGGGCGCCGGCGCGCUCAAGACACAGAUUCAGAGACUAGAGGAGAAGGCUUCACAACCGACGACCAGGAGGCAACAAUCACAGCGCGGCGCCAAUGACACGACACAGCAGCAGGAAGAGGCCACUCUCGACGAGUUGCGGCGAAAGCAUGCCAUGUGUCUUUGCGCCGUGGCCGAAAUCUACAUGACGGACCUGUCGUGGGAGGCCGAUGCCGAGCAGCGCUGCGAGGCCCUCGUCACCGAGGCCACCAUGACGGCGCCCGACUCGGCCGAGAGCUGGCAGACCCUUGCCAACGUGCGCAUCUCGCAGACCCGGCUCGAAGAUGCCCGCGCCGCCCUGCUACGGAGCAUGGAGAUUUGGAGAGGCCUGCCGACUGCCGACCCAAGCGUGCCCGAUUUCCCCAGCCGCGUCAGCCUGGCAAGGCUGUUGAUGGAGGCCGAGAUGGAGCAGGAGGCCCUCGAGGUCUUGGAGCGCCUGAUCGGUGAAGACGACCACAGUGUCGAGGUCUGGUACCUUGGUGGUUGGAGUCUGUACGUCCUGGGCGACAAGCAAAAGAGCGAGAACAAGGGCGAGGAGGCUGAAUGGAAGAUGAAUUGGCUCUCCAGCCGGACGUGGUUGAAUCAAUGCCUCAAGUUAUUCAAGAAGCAAGAGUACGAGGAUGACAGACUCGGCGAGCACGCCAAUGAGCUUCUUACUGGUAUCGCAAAGGAGCUUGGCCUUCCGCCCAUUAUGGACGAGAACGAGGAAGAUGAGGAAGAAUGGGAAGAUGAUGAAGGCGACGAGGAUGACGAUGAAGAUGAGGAUGACGAGAUGCAAGAGUAG